AUGUCCCAUCUGCUCCCCGUAAGCAGCCUGAGCUGGGAGCAGUGGCUUAGCCGCUCAGAGUGGGAGGACAACCCCCCAAGACCCCCGGCUGGUUCAGAAGAGGGACUCUUCCAAGACCAAAGAUCUCCCGGGUCCUGCAAACCACCAGAGGCCAGAUCGGGGUCCCGGCAUCAGCAGCAGAGAGCUGAGCGGUCUGCCGGCUCCAGCAAAAGACGCGAUGGCCGCCCAAACUCCCUAGACUUGACCUUUCACCUCCUCCGGGAGUUUCUGGAGAUGUCCCGCGAAGAGAGACUGGCUCAGAAAGCUCGGAGUAACAAAAUAUUGCUGCAUAAUAUUGGCAAGUGA